AUGGAUAGCUACAACCACAAGAAAUUCACUGGCGCCCUGAAGCGAAAGCGCAGCAUGGAUGCGGACUCCGAUGACGAUGUGGUCUUCAUCAUGGAGCAGUCGGUCCAACGCACUCCAGAGCAGCCACAGCCCAAGCGACGCUUCUUCCGCCCCUGGACGGAUGAGUCCCCGGAGAAGGAGCAGCCACAGCCGCCCCGUAAGAUUGUGGCUGCAUCGACACCUCCGCCACCGCAAGUGGAUGCCACCUACCACGCCAACAUGGUGCGCAACCACCACAAUCGCCGCCAGCGCAGUCCGCAGGAGCAACUGCGUCGGGAUCGCAACACCUUGGCCAGCCUGCGCCACCGCCGCUCCCAGCAGCAACAGCAGCAGCUCAUCGAGCAGCAGUACCUGACCAGUCGCAUCCAGCACGAGGCCAAUCUGCAGCAGCAGAUCCGCCUGAGCCUCUACUACGUGCGCUUCCUGCAGCAGGCGAUGGCCUCCACGGAGCCACUGCCUCCCACGCAGCCACGGCACAUGAUGCCGCGCCAACAGACCACCACCCAGCAUCCUUGA